AAAUCACCUCAUGUAUUCAUUGAUUUAACUUCUUUAUUUCAAAAGAAAAAGUCUUAUUUUUUCGUACCGAAAAACAUAGUUCGUAUUAACCACAAAAUCAUUGUUUGUGUUCGGUGAACGCGUUGCGUGUUUGAAUCAGGCAGCGCUCUAGGCAGCUGCGCGCGGGGUCCUGUAGUGAAUGUCCUGUACGGGCUGCACUUGGUUUUUCUCUACACUUGCUGGAGGUCUUAAAAACUAUUAAUUUUCUUUCCGGUCGCUCUUUAAACUUCAUUUUCUGCGCAGAGACGCGUUUAUUUCUCCAUGGCUCCCACGAUACAGACGCAAUCGCAGCGCGACAACGCGCACCGGAGUUCAUCACACAGGAGUGUCCCAGAGAGGUCUGGUGUUGUGUGCCGAGUGAAAUAUGGAAAUAGUCUUCCUGAUAUCCCCUUUGACCCGAAGUUCAUCACCUACCCGUUUGACCAGCACAGGUUUGUGCAGUACAAAGCCACUUCACUAGAGAAACAACACAAACACGAGCUGCUGACUGAACCGGACCUAGGCGUCACUAUCGAUCUUAUUAAUCCUGAUACAUACCGCAUAGACCCCAGCAUCUUGUUGGACAUUGCUGAUGAGAAACUGUUGGAAGAAGACAUUCAGGCUCCCUCCAGCUCAAAGAGGUCGCAGCAGCAUGCGAAGGUGGUACCAUGGAUGAGAAAGACGGAGUACAUUUCCACAGAGUUCAACAGAUACGGCAUCUCCAAUGAUAAGGUGGAAGUCAAGAUCGGUGUGUCAGUGAAACAGCAGUUCACAGAGGAGGAGAUCUAUAAAGACAGAGACAGUCAGAUCGCAGCCAUUGAGAAGACGUUUGAGGACGCACAGAAGUCGAUUACUCAACAUUACAGCAAACCAAGAGUCACACCUGUGGAGGUGCUGCCCGCCUUCCCAGACUUUAAGAUGUGGAUUAAUCCAUGUGCUCAAGUCAUCUUUGAUUCAGACCCAGCACCUAAAGAUGUGUCUGCACCUGCAGGAGUGGAUAUGAUGUCACAGGCCAUGAUCAGGGGUAUGAUGGAUGAAGAAGGGAACCAGUUUGUGGCGUACUUUCUGCCCAACGAAGAGACGAUGCGCAAACGCAAGAGAGACGUAGAUGAAGAUGUGGAAUUCAUGCCUGAUGAAGUGUACGAUUACAAGAUCGCUCGUGAGUACAACUGGAACGUGAAGAACAAAGCCAGUAAAGGUUACGAGGAGAAUUACUUCUUUAUCUUCAGAGACGGAGAUGGAGUUUAUUAUAAUGAGCUGGAGACCAGGGUGCGUCUGAGCAAGCGUCGUGCGAAGGCCGGAGCUCAGUCAUCCACAAACGCUGUGCUGGUGUGUAAACACAGAGACAUGAACGACAAAGAGCUGGAAGCUCAGGAGGCCCGCAAGGCUCAGCUGGAGAAUCACGAGCCAGAGGAUGAAGAAGAGGAGCUCAACAUAGACAGAGACAUGCCGGACUCUGGUGAGGAGAGAGAGAAAGCGAGCGAAUCCGAGAACUCUGAGAGCGAGUCCGAGCGUGAGGAGGAGGAACGGCCGGCAGAAGAGGAUCUUCCUGAGAAGAAGGCCAGCAGCAGCGAGAGCGGUGAGGACCGGCAGGCGCGUGAUGAAGAGGAGAUCUUCGGCAGUGAUAUUGACAGUGAGGAUGAUGAUGAUAAUGAUGGUGACAGGCGAGCGAGAAGCAACACCAGCAGCGAGAAGCAGAGCGGCAGUGAGGGAGCGUCAGAAUCCAGCGACGCCAGCGACAGCGAAUGAAAGCCUGACACAUCACACACGGCCCCUCCCUGCCUCUCUCUCUCUUUAUUAUAAGCUGAACGAACAUCUCUCGGUUCUUCUCAGAUACUUUGUUUCUCCGUCUAGAUGAAAUCUAUUUUUGUUCUGAUUGGGUUCUUUUUUAGUCUUCAACACAUCACUCUGUGUUGUUUUAGUGUUGUGCAGGCAUAUUACAUUAGAACACGUCCAGGUCACUGUUCACCCUAAACAUUUAAAGGAUCAUAAUUACAUUUUGCUUGAGGAUAAAGAAUGCUCCCCAUUACUGUAAUGCAAUAUAAUGAAAGCAAUCUGCAUAUGGUGUAUGUCAAUACAUAAAGCUUAAACUGCUACAAAACUACCAUGAUGUACUAUUUAAAUCAUAAAAAUAAAUAAAUACAACUGUUCACAAAAAAAAGGUUUCGUUAAGGUUUAGGGUGAAAUCUGGAUGGAUUUCGUCUGAAUACGAAAAAUGAAACUGUAUAAGAAUUGAAGUGAGAGAGGGUGUUUGAAUGAAGUUAUACUUCAGAUUUUGAUGUGCCGGUUGUUUUCAUACAUAAGUGUAACUGUAUACGCAUUGUAAAUAAACAAGGAUUUUGUUAAAACCGA